ACAGCGCGAGAGCACAAGGCACAGAGCGCGAGCGGCUGCUGAUGGUGAAGACCCCCACUACGCUUGGACGCAUUCUAGAGCCAGUCUAGUGUUUCCACUCCAUUUGGACACAGUCUCUUCAUACUUCCACGCUUUGACUACACUUUCUCUUGACUUUUACCGCGGAGUCGUUCUGGUAAAGCGCGCAGAGGUCGUCCCUGAAUUAUGGAGGCGUACACGGUGGCCGGAGCCCCUCUCUCCUACUCGGACCUGUACUCAGUGAUCCCCUUCAACACCACGUUUCCAGAUGGCGACUUUUCCGAGGCUCUGCGUAAUGACAGUGGAGAAGCGGAGCGCGGGACACCUGUGCGCAGCGCUGGAGACAUGGUGAUCGCCAUCUCCAUCACUGCGCUCUACUCGGUCAUCUGCGUGGUGGGACUGCUGGGGAACAUCCUGGUCAUGUACGGAGUGGUCAGAUACACCAAGAUGAAGACAGCAACCAACAUCUACAUCUUCAACCUGGCUUUAGCGGACGCCUUGGCCACGAGUACGCUACCUUUCCAGAGUGCCAAUUAUCUGAUGAGUACCUGGGCGUUUGGAGAAAUCCUCUGCAAGCUCAUCAUCGCCAUCGACUACUACAACAUGUUCACCAGCAUUUUCACCCUCACCAUGAUGAGUGUGGAUCGAUAUAUCGCAGUGUGCCACCCGGUGAGGGCGCUGGAGUUCCGAACGCCGGUAAAAGCCAAAAUGAUCAACGUUCUCAUAUGGGUGUUGUCUUCAGCCAUCGGAGUGCCCAUAAUGGUGAUGGCUGUGACCAAGGUGGAUAGCAGUGGUCGAACCAUGUGCAUGCUGAAGUUCCCUGACCCAGACUGGUACUGGGACACCGUCACUAAGAUCUGCGUCUUCAUCUUCGCCUUCGUGGUCCCGGUCAUGGUUAUCACGAUCUGCUACGGCCUGAUGAUUCUACGCCUGCGAAGUGUACGUCUACUCUCCGGCUCCAAGGAAAAGGACCGCAACAUGAGACGCAUCACCCGCAUGGUCCUGGUUGUGGUCGCUGCUUUCAUCAUCUGCUGGACCCCCAUCCACAUCUUCAUCAUCGUCAAGACCAUGGUGAAGAUCGAGAAACGGAACCCCUUCGUGAUCGCUAGCUGGCACCUCUGCAUCGCCCUGGGUUACACCAACAGCAGCCUCAACCCGGUUCUCUACGCAUUCCUGGAUGAGAACUUCAAACGCUGCUUUCGGGAUUUCUGCCUUCCGUGCCGAACUCGCGGGGAUGGGAAUAGCUUGAACAGGGCACGGAACGCCACCAGGGAGCCCGUGUCGGUGUGCGGUCCGACAGAAGCGGGGAGGAAGCCGGCAUGACUAGGCCUGGAUAAGGUCCCCCGCGGUUCACGAUCUCGGAGGAUCCAGCAAGAUUUACAAUCGGAAAUCACGCAAAUUUCCACCACUGAGUUUUAGCAGAUAAGUGGACUUCAUAGUCUCUGCUGAAUAGGAGAAGUUAGAAUGAACUUUCAAAGCAAAAAGUGUGAUUUGAAAAAGAAGAAAAAUGGAUGGAUGAUGCUGCAAAACUGUCAAGAAAAUAGUUUCAAGAAGGAACUGGAUGUAUUAUACUUAAUUACUUAUUUCCACAGCUUUAUCUUCAACAGGACUAAGUUUGCAAAUAUCGGAAAUGGACAGAAAAAUGUUGGUUCUACUUUUAAGAUGAAACUGAAACAAUAGAACUGUCAACCAAGAACCUGAGAAGAUAAUGAUAAAGGUCUAGAAGAUUGUAAAGGGAAAAUCCAUCAUGCUGCAUUUAGAGGCUCAUUAGAGUCCAGAAAUGCAGUAUGUAAAACACUGAACUUAUAUUCACCAACUCUUCAAAAAGACAUUGCAUCGCAGUAUCUCAUUUAAUCCAUGUUCUUUGUAUGGAAAAAAAAAAGCCUUAUAAACUUCAAAACUGUCUCACCGGCAGCCAAUGGUAAACAACUUGGUAUUGUCUCAACCCACAGUCAAGUUGAAAGAAAGACCAUCUUAUUCUCCCACUGUUAGCUGAAGCCCACACUCUGCCAAGAGUUGAAAGAAUGCAAACUUAACAAAGCCUUUGAUAUGAAAAAGGAAUAAAGCACCAUACUACAGAGGAUUGUAUUUCACUGGAACUUUUCUGGUUUCUACUCACAUAGGUUUUUCACACAUAUUGGUACCUUGAAGACAAAUAGCCAGACUGCCAGACCUUCUGAACUUAAGAACGUAAUAAGUCUUUGUCUAGAUACACAACCUGCAAACAUCCCAAGGACAGUAUUGAUCUGUGUUCCAAACGAGAAUCAAAUUUGUCACAGUGAUUAUCUGCGGGAGUUUCAUGUUGAAUCAUUUAUUUACUGUAACCAAGGCUGAUGGAAAUUGAAUGGAGGAUACCAAUUCAUGGACUGAAAUAUUGGCCAUACUGACUUUACAUAACAACUGUGACAGGUAUCUCAGAAAGAACAAAUAUGCGUCAGUUCAAAAGGAAAGCUCUGAUAUUGAUACUUUGCAGCUCGGGAUGUGAUGCUAACUGUAGGCAUGCUCUGUCUGAGGCUUUGUUAGACUUUAAUCUGAGCUUUAAUUAAACACAAUCUGACCAGAAAGAACUGAUUUAGCUGGAACCACAACAAGUGAGAUAAUUUUUACUGUUAAACAAGUCUGUCACUUAAAAUUACAGUUCCAAUCUAACUAGCAUUAGCCAACACUUUUUCAGGUUGGCACUCUCUUCUUUUUGUUGAAAAUCAAACUCUUAAACAGAACCAUGAGCGCUGGGAUUAAUCACAGACUCCUGAAAAUAUGCUGUUUAAAUCCAUUUUAUAUCUUUGCUUUAGGUUUCAGCUAAAAAACUGUCAAGCUGCGUUUGCCAGUAUGCGCAUUGUUUCACCAUGGUAACUGCUGAACAUCCCACCGUAUACAUACAUGUGGAACACCCCUAGCCUGAUGUCUCUGCAAAGUAUCAAUUGUUGAAUGAGUUGGAAAGUGAAAAAAACAACAACCUUGAAACAAAGGUAUGAUGAAUUGUUUACACGAAUAUACAUAGUGUACAUAAAAGAAUAUAAAGCUUUUGCAAAUCUAAAGAGUAUUAGCAUUUUUAUAGAUGCAAAGAUUUCAUGGUGUGCCUGUGUAUUGACACGUUUCCAGUGCCGUAAACCAAGGACAUUUGGACACUUAAAAUUGAUUCCUUUCUUGACUAUUUUCUGCUGGUACCAUGGUUUGGAAAAUAUACAUUGAUGAAUAUACAACGUGUGUACGCUAAAGUCACAGAAUAUGUCCGCCUUUCUUUUCAAAAGGCAACAAUUGUUAUUUAAAAUGUACUGUAUCGUGUAUUCUCUAUGGCUAGCUACAUGCUUUAUAUGUAAAUUUAGCUUUAGCUUUCGUAGUCAUUCGAGAUCAACAGGAAAAGCAACACCAUGAACACAUAAUAGCUAGAAUGAGAAUUUACAUGACAAAUAAUAUAUAAUUUUGAGAUACAUUUUGUACAUAUGCUGGCAGUACUGAGGUGAGGCACAAACAAACACACUUGUAUCCUCACUACAUGAAGCACUCCUCUUGAAAACAUCUCAGUUUGCUUAAAUCUCUCAUAGUUUUUAUUUUUUGGACAAUUUAGCAGUAGUAUUAUAUGUUUUACUGAUGAAACCUUUGAACAUGUAUAGAGGACAAUUUGGACUUGGAUUACUCAAUGAUGUCACUAGGUGGAACUGAAUAUUGUUUAACUCUGAAGUUGCAUAGUGUUGCUUUACCAUGGUAGUGUUGUGCCAUAGUUCAUACCAUUAUAGUAUAUUGACAGUUUGAAUCUGAUUUAUCGCUGUAGGUCUGUUUAAUUAAUUUAUUUAUUUUUUCAAACAAGCAUGUGUAAUAGAAAAUAUAUACUUAACCGUAUGGAUUUGGCUGUGAGGAUAUACAUUGCAUUAUAGGAUAUAUAUUUAAUGUACAGUAUAUAAUAAAUACUUUUCUAAAAUUUGUGGAAUAAAGCAAAACUG